AAAAAGGUUGAAUUUUUUACGUUAUUUCUUCGUACGAUUCUUUCACGUUGUUUACGGUAGUUUUCCGAAUAUAGAAUGCGUUAUUUUCAUCUCUCGAGACUAAUGUGUUGGACAAGUAGGAACCGAUUUUUCCUCGGGAAUCCAGAGUGUGGUGGUAGCCCGGCGCUUUCGCACUUGUGCAUGUGCAUACGCGCGACUGAAGUCCACAUGCGCCGUUAUCAUCGACCUAGCUCCUACAACCCUCUCGGAUAUCGAUCCUAUAGCGCGUUCGCGCGUUUCGAACGACGCAAGCUCGAGUUUAAGCCGAGUACAAGUCACCCUCCCGGCGAAGCUAGUUCAUGCCCGGCGCACUGUCUCACCCCCGACCGCGUCCUCUCCCUCUGUCCUUUCUCUUCCUCUCGCCCUCACUCCGUCCCUCCUUUCCCCCUUCGUCCUCGUGAGCAGGAGGCACGGCAAUCGGACAAGAUGAGCGACCAGGAGGAUCUGGAUUAUUACAUCAUGUACCCGUCGUUCCCGCCGUCCCCGAAGGAUCCGACGUUGGCCGCGACAGGGCAGGAUCAGCGGGAGGAGUUUGUGUUCGUGUAUGAGGAGGACAAGCGGCCGGUCGUGAUCCUGCUGGGAUGGGCCGGCUGUCAAGACCGAUACCUGGCCAAAUACAGCUCGAUCUACGAGGAGAAGAGUUGCAUUACGCUACGUUACACGGCGCCGGUGGAGUGCCUGUUCUGGCGCCGGAACAAGAUGCCUCACAUAGGCAAGCGGCUGCUGAAGGUGAUCACGGACAAGCGGCUGGACGAGCACCCGAUAUUCUUCCACGUCUUCAGCAACGGCGGCGCGUUGCUCUAUCAGGGCGUCAGCCUCGCGAUGCAGAAAGCUAAUAUACCGUUGAAGAUCAAAGGAGUGAUAUUUGAUAGUGCUCCCGGUGAAAGGAGAUUAACGAGCCUUUUCAAAGCGAUCAGCGCGAUUAUCGGCGGUCAUCCCCUCACGAACCUGCCGAUGUCGUUUGUCAUGACGUUCUUCCUCUCCAUAUUCUGGUUCUUCGAGGUAAUUGGGCAGGCUUUCAGCAGAGCGCCCAUUCCAACGACUCCAAUCGCCCUCACCGAGGAAGCCUGUUCCUGGCCUCAGCUGUUCCUGUACUCUAACAGCGACACUCUAAUCCCGGCGUCCGACAUCGAAAAGUUCGCCAGCCGGCGAGCCGAGCGGGGUGUGCGGGUGCAGUUGGUCCUGUUCACCAAUUCGCCGCACGUCAAGCACUACGCGACCUACCGCGACGUCUACGUGAACACCGUGUGCAGCUUCAUUCACGAAUGCCUGAUCUCGCCGAGCCCGUCGAAGGGCCUGAUGUCGUCCCUGGAUCCCGACGACGAUCACGUCUCCCAGAUGUUCGACACGCCACCGGGUCUUACCAAGCGCGUCGUGCUGCCUCACGAAGCCAACAAGAACUAGAUUACCCGGAAGACACACUAAUAGGGUAGAAUAGUCGCUCGCGCUAGAGGAUCGCGCGUGGCCUCGGGAGGGCAGACGUAAAGGGAGAGAGGAUCGAUCAUCAAUUAUUGUGUCUACAUUUUGUAGACUGAAUAAAAAAAAGUCUACGAGAAAAAGAGUGAAUUUGAAGGAAACGCAGCAUAAAGUUCGUUUUGCGCAAUUACAAUCUCCGUAAUUGGAAAUCGGUCUUCAAAUUCUUUUCCUCCUCUCAUAUUUCUUUGUACUUCCGCCUAUUCAUCGCAAUUCCAAGACGGAAGCAAUCGCACAAUUCGAUCAAUUUCUUUAUUAGAGUUCAAGCGAGCGAGGAGGAAUGCCUGCACGACGAUAAAACCGAAAAAGAAUUCGAAAAUGUUGACAAUUCCCAAUUUCGAGAUGAAAAUUUCACAGAAUGAAUUUCUCUUCGCGAUUCUUUCAAUUCACUCGUUUCACGUCAAGAGGCGAUGUCCAAGAUGCUGGAAACGGUGCUACCUACGAUUCGUUAAUACGUGUGCAAAGCUGUUUUAUAUGAAGUUGACCAUUUUCGUGUGAGAGUUAUCUAAAUAAAAAUGUAAAUUUUCUUACAAGCAGAGUGAGAGUGUGGACACACGGUGGCGAAAGAGCUUCCAAAUUAAAUGUCUUUCAACGAUGUACUUGUAUGAUUAUUCGUAUAUGCUUAAACGUACGAAAAUUUGUAUAAUAUCAAAAUUUACUCUCAAUUUUAUUUCGAACAUUUUCCCUUUUUUUAAAAAUUGAUAUAUUAUAACUCGAAUGUCAGCCAGCAAAUGUGGAUGAAUUGAAAUGGAUAUGAACAAAUUCAUUUCGACAUUUUCGACUUUGCGCUUCAGAUUUUUUGAAUACAUUUGAAUACAAAUAUAAUAAAAGAACAAUAAGAAUAUGAAUGCAUCCGAAUUCAAAAUAUGAUGAAUAGCUCAUUUCGUAUUUCAAUUCGUUAUAAUGAGACACGAAUCCAUCCGUAUUCAAAAUGGUGAAUAACGCGUUUCACAUUUUAAUCCUCUUGUGUCCAUUUAAAACUAAAAAUAUUCCGGGACUCUAAAGCGCGAAUAAAUUAAAAUAAAUUACAAAUUUUCAAUUCAUUUGAAUUUGUAACCUUCAUUCGUACCUGAAAAGACUCGCUGUAUUGUUAUUACGUCCGAUGUUGAUUCUCAACGGAUCAGAAACGGGAUUCCUGGACGAGUUAUGUGCACUGUUUGCGGCAUCGUGAGCCUUAUCGAAAUGUUCUAAUCUUUGCCAGAACGGCGAAGGACAACCACGGAUAGUAGCACAUCCUCUCUCUCACCUGUGCCUCGGUCCUUUACGUUAUCUCAGCUUGAUUCUUCCUUUGUUGACUCUUUCGUUACAUCUUCCACCACCGCGUGUCCGUGUGGCCGCAGUUUUAGAAAGCUCGCAAGCUCGUAGACGCGAAUGCAUCCCUCGUACAUCAAGCUGCGAAUGAAGCUUGUGUCGGUUCUAUGAGUUCUCCUUCGACGCGGCGCGGCGUCGGGGAGACUGUGAGAGAUUUUUAUAGGACAAGGUAGAUGCGUUUGAUAGAAAAUCGUAAUGUAAUAUCGCGCAAUGUGUUUACCGCUUUUACGCUCGCCCUCUUUUUCCUACGCGGCGGAAUGAAGAAACUGCACAAAGGAAUCAAGCUGGACUUGAUUUAGCUUACGCAACUCACGAUCCGAUAAAGCAUGGCAUUCGAUAUCGAUUCGAAAAAGAAAACGCCGGUUUCUUCUUGUGUCUCGAAUUAUAUCAAUGAUAAUCUUUCGAGAACGCUCGGCGCACGAGCGUAUAGCUCUGUAUCGUUAACAUCUCUUUACAUAUAUAUAUAUUAAAAAAUAAUAUAAAUAUAUUUUGAUCUGUCGAUUAGUUAUACGAAUAAAGACUGAUAAAUAAAGCUA